UUUUUUUUUUUCUUUCUUGGCAUGAUAAAGAAUUCCCUUGCCAGGAUGGGAAUUGAGCUGUUUCCUUUGCUAACUAUGCUCUUCCUUAAUAACACCCGCACACUUCUACACUAUUGCAAGAGGUCGGUUGGCUUGGCUGAUGCUUUUAUCUUUCUAACUACGCUGGUUUUAUUCUCAUUUAUAAUUUCUUCUAUUUUUGUCCAGUUCUCCAUUCUUUUUAUAUUCAUUCCCAACGUCGCCUCUUUCUCUUUAUCUCUCCUAUAGUUUAUUGCUCCGCGUCUCUCUUGAAUCCCUCGCGUAUACUGGUUAUGAUUACUUUAUGUAGAGUACUACUCUCUCGACGAUUUUCUGCCCUCCUUUCCCCUUAUUUAUCUUAUUUUCCCCUUUAUUCACACAUGGCAUUCGUUGCAAUUUUCCCCCUACAAUACAUAAUUGUAUUUUUAUUCCCCCCAUGUAUGGCUUAACCAAAGGGAUUGCUCUUGUAUCCUGCUUUCUGGCUGGCAUCAAGCAUGUAGAUGAGGUGGAAAUGCACAUUCGAUUCGACUAGGUUAAUGCAACGGCAUUUCCAGUUCUCCCCGCACUUCCAGCUUCAUUUUCCUUCCUUAACUCUUGUGAUUUUCCCGGAUUCAUUUGAUAGUUGUCUAUCUUCUACAUGUAUUGUACUCAUGCGGAGGAUUACUCUCUGAUAUCAUUUCUAGAGCCAGCUUCCCCCUGGACGUCACUGUUUCUGCUCUGGAUAUCAACAGCGUGCUGUGCUUGCUCACUCUCAACCCAGUCAGUCCCGAAUCACAAAUGUUGCGAACUUGUAGUAAAUGGGGUUAUAGAAAUUAUCAUAUGAUAGAUCAGAACCGGUUAAUCUUCGGUUAACUGCCAUUCUAUUCGCAUCUCCCUGCUGCAACUCACCGGGGUUCCUAGUACUCUCAGUAUUGCUUCCGAAAUCUGCCGCAGAGUCGUUCACCCAGGCUUGAUGCCCUCUUCCAACACUCCGCCGGGUAGAACGAAAAGAACAAAAGAUGAAACACUCUGACUCAUUUUCCAGGUGUAAAAAGGCCGGCAUUGAUCGGAUAGAAUGGCUCCCAUUUAUUUAUUUUCUCAACAUGACCGCCAGUUCAACGUAGCUAGCCCAAUGGCUGAAUCAGCUGACAAACAUCUAUGACCUCACCGGAAAGAUCUCACUCGUCAAUAGUCAAUAUCCGGACAAAACUAAUCCGUUCUAAGGAGAAGAAAAGAGAACGGACGGACGGGCAGUCAUGGUCAAGCCAGGCCCCAGCCUCACCUGUCCAACCACCCAGCGGCCACUGGUAUGUAUGUUAUGUAACCUGUGAGGUACUUGCACCAUGUAUACCACUGUCACUCACAAACUCCCUAGCUCGGAUUGCCAACGUGGCUGAUUCUGCGGGCCGGGAAAAAAAGCCAUUGUUAUUAUUUACCGUAUCCGAUCGGAUGUGCCUUGAGCUGCUCAGCCCUAUGGCCCCAAGGGAGAUUAUCCCGGCAAGACCACGAUUUACAAUGCAUAGGAUGGAUGAAUCGUGUUACAAUCUGCCUGCCUGUCGCACGGUGAUCCCCCCCCCCCCCAAAAAA